GUACAAGAAUAGAUAAUAAAGAAUCUUUGUUAUUAUUGAUGUUUACAACUUAAAAGUUAAAAAAAAAAAAAAUACAAUGAAGAUCAAUAAUUUACAAAAUGUUUUAGUAUUGUAUUUAUAAUUGUGUUCUUUUAAUGCAGUUAAAACAUUUAACUUUAAUAAUGUUAUUGUAUUAGUGCGAACAAGUUAAUCUACAACAAUUAUGGUCAACUAUUGUAUUUUGCUUAUAGCAAUAUUUAUACUACAUCCAAACAAUGUAAAUGCUAAUUGUCAAGAUUACUUUGGUCGUAACAUCGUUCAAGGCAUGCACUACGUACCAGGACCAGAUACAUGUACACUCUGUGUUUGUGAUAAUUCCGUAGCCAAAUGGUGUAAAGCUGUACUUUGCUCUCCGCCACAGGACUGCAAGUCUUUUACUGUUGGUAGUACAUGUUGUGAAUUCAAUUGUUUGGAUGAUUCUCUAAAUGACGGUGGUGAUAUCGAUUUUAAAGGAGACAACAUCAAUGCUAGAUCAAUUGCCAGUACAAUAACUGCCUUUUUGUUUUUCAUUUUGAUAGUUUUUCUCAUUAACCGAUUGCACAAACGAAACAUCAUGUCAAAUGUUGAAGUAUUCGCUAAUCCAAAUUCUCCCCAAAUGGGUGAUGGUGUACGUGGCAUUGGUUAUAUAAGUGGCUAUAUGAACUUUCCAAGAUCUAUUGGAAACGACUUAUACUAUGGAGAUCAUGCUACCCUUCAUAUACCUUUGUGGAAAACCUACUAUCCUCGGGGAGACGCUCCUCCUCCAUAUGACGAAGCUAUAGCGAUGCCUCAACAAAUGUCUCAAAAUUUCAUAGGCAUGGGGGAAAUGAUUAAUCAUAGAACCAUUCCUGCUACAGCAACUGAGACCAAUCAAAAUAUGCAACAACCUUGCAUAUUAGAACAAGAAUCAACAGCUAAUCAACCACUUUUAGACAAUGCUUUAAAGAAAACCGUUAGUAAAGAAUCCGUUUCAAAUGAAAAAGGAACUACCACUUCAAGUGACGAUUUCCGAGAAGAAUGUGAAAAUUGUAAACAUGAUCAAAAACUUGCUGAAGGAUAUGACGGCAACUUUCCUGAACCAGAGACUAUGACAUUAGAGCGAAGGCCACAAAUAACACACGAGCACCCUAUAGAUAGAAAUGAACCACGCUCGUCUAUGACUUUACCAGGAGACGGACGGCAUGGAAGCUUGAAUUAUAGGUCUCAUGUUAUAAAAGACAAAAACAGAGACGAGCGGUUUAAAGAAACAAUUGUUAAAGAAGAUUCAAUUUCAGAUGAUGAAAAUUCAUAACAACUUACGACAUCAUAGUAUAGAUAUUAUUAAUUAAUCAGAUUUUUUUUACUAGAUAAGAGAUUGGGUCGACUAGUAUUGUAUUUAAUAAGGUAUGUAACUAACAAACCAGCUUUCUUUUCGUAUUAUCUAUAUUUGGUGUUAAAGUUACUCUAGCAAUAACUUUGUAUUCUAUAAUACCAAAGACAAUUUAACAUUAUUAAUUAUUAGGUUCUAAUAUUCUGGAGAAAUAUCUGAGAAUGCUUAGUAGUUUUUAAUGGCAAAUUAAAGACCAAAGUUAAUAAUUAUGAUAAGAUUGGUGAACUAUUCUAGUCAACACUAUAUUUAUUUAAAAAAUAUAAACUUUUAAUUGUUAACCUUAAUUGACAUAGACAUAUCAACGUGUCAAACAAAAAAGGACGUAACUCGAUUUUUACAACUUUUCAGCACAGCCAUUCAAAGUUUUCUAAGUUAAGUUCUAGUAUUGCAUUUAAAUUUUUUCCAACAAUUUUACAAUCUCUUUGGAAGACAGGAGUUACAAAUCGUCUCUUUAGGAGAUAAAGAAAAUGAAAUGCUAUCUUAGUAUUUAAUAAACCGAAAAAUGAUAAAAAUUGAGUUACAACCAUCUCCGUUGGACACGUUGAUAUAAUGUUGGUGUAAAGAUUUAAUACUUUUUUUAAAUGUACUUUAUAUUUUUUAACUAAACUUCGGUAUAAAUGCACUUUACCGGGAACCCUUAUUUUUGUGAUUUUUUUUUUGCUAAUUUAUAGUUUUUUUAUGCUGUUUUCGAAUUUGAAAUUAGAUAUCCGCGGACUCUUCUAAUUCAAAAGUUACAGCUUGUAAAAUUUACAGUUGCUUAAUGCGCCGCAAUUGGCAAAAAAAAAGGUGCCCGGUUAAUAAUGCAUUUGUUCCUUAAUUUCUGUCAAAACAGUUAGUCCAUUAGUUAAGUAGUGGUAUAAUUGCAAUUACUUAUAUAAUACAAAAUAAUGAUGAAAUGUAUAUAUAUAUAUAUAUAUAUAUGUAUAUAGCUGCUAAUUAUAGAUAAUAAAAUAAUGGAUAAACCAAAGUAGUUUUUUUACAGGAAUGUACGUAUAACAUUUUGAAGUUUCAAGUGUCACAAGGACACUGCCCUGUGUGUCAUUAGUAUAGAGUGGCUAUCCAUUGUUUUAUUAUCUAUGUAGCUGAUGUGUGCUAAUUUGUUCCAUCUGUUAAUGCUAUUCUUUAGUUAUUAUUUUAUAAAUCAAUAUAAUUAUGUAAAAUAUUAUCAUUGAUUCAUUUUUCAUUGGAUUAAUCUUAAAAUAGUUCUAAUUUAGUAGCGUUUUAUUCUAGUAUUAAGUAUAAUAUAUUCUACUAACCAAUUGUACUGUAGUAUUUUUACGAGUAGGUGAUAAUAUUUAACAAUAUUAAGUAUUUAUUAUUUUAGCUUUGAGAUAAAACAUUUUUUAAGAAAUUUAACUCUAGAUAAAGUGUAUAAAUCACUUAUAAAAAAUGCUCGCCCAAUUAGGCAAUCCUUUAUUUAUACAACUUGAUAGCUCUUGAUUCAUUAUUGUUACUUUUUUCUGUGAUAACUAAUAGCCUAUUAAUAUUAAUUUUAGAUUAUCUCAUGUUUAAUGAAUUGAAGAUUCGGUCCAAAUGACGUGCUAUUGGCCAAUUUUUCAUCUUUUUUUUUGUGUGAAUUAUUAAGCUAUAAACCUAUUUUAAAAACCAUAAUGCUUUCCAAAAUUUUCUUAUCACACACAAUAAUCAUGGCAACCUAUCAUACCCAUUGAUAAAAAUUCUGUUAUUUUUUAUAGUGUAAAAUUUAAGGUCUGGUACUUAGCACGUUAUUCACACCCAACCUUUAAUUGGCCUAAUGUAUUUUUACUUUAUUUAACUUGUAUACUUUAUUAUAGUACGUAAUGAUACAUGAAUUAAUAACAUUUUAUUGAUUUAGGUUACUGCGAAUGAAAAAUGUCAAUUUUAUAUUAUAUUAAAAACUAUUUAAAUUAAUACACAACAAUAUGAAAUAAAAAGUGGUUAUAAGUAUACACUAGGGUGGUCCAUAAUUUGGAUUUGGAGGAAUUUCAGUUAAGACACCACCUAAAUUAGUUAGAAAUGCAUAAAUAACAAAUAACCACCCAAAAUGUCACACCUUUAUUUUGAUGUUAACAACAAGUGCAGCACUGCACAUAUUUUUACUUGUAUGUGAAGGUAUUAAAAUUGAUGUCACUGUAUAGUUUAUACUAGUAUAUACCCUAGUUUCCACUAUACAGCAUUAAUAAAAAACUAAUCUUAAGAGUGAACUGAAUACAACUGAUAAAUCUGUAAAUUUAAAUAACUAGCUUUGCAAAUUGUAUACAUUAUUUAUAUGUACAAGAACAACUUAAGACAUUUCAUUACCUUUUAUUGUGUUAAAAUAGAUUUUGGUUCAUUA